CCACUGGGUGUACAAGGAGGUUUCCAAGGGCUGUGCAGUUCCUGGAUGCUGGAGGUUUCUCUGCAGCCCCUGUUGCUCUGGGGAGCUUUGUGUUAUUAGAUUUUGGUCAAAAGGAGGAUUUCAUGGAUGCUGUCAUUCUCGGUGCCGGCAGAGCCGCGGCCGCCCGCCGGGAUCGCCGCCGGGCUUGCGAUGGGGUGAGCAGCGAGAGGCGGCAGGUGGACAUGCUAACGUAGCGGGCAGGCACCUGGCUAAUCCCGGGGCCCGUGCCCAGCCGCCGUGUCCCGGCACCACACCCACCCCGACCAUGGACUCGACCCCAGAGAUGAAGAGGAAUAGGUUCCCCAGCAUGAAUUUUGAAGCAGAGAUUCUGACAGCUCCACAUUCAGAGCUAUAUGUGAUCCCUUCUAUGAGAAGUCUCACAGCUGAGGAGUAUGUAGAGGCCUUUAAGUCAUUUUUGGAUCAUUCAACAGAGCACCAGUGCAUGGAUGAGUUCAACAAGGAAGAAAUGCCCAACAUCAUGGCUGAUCUUGGAAAUGGAAAACCGACAAUAAAUGUUCUGGGAGUUGGAAGCGGCACAGGUGAGCAGGAUUUGAAAAUGAUCAGGAUGCUGCAGGCUGCACACCCAGGGGUCCUUAUUGACAAUGAAAUUGUAGAGCCCAACCCACAGCACGUGGCAGCUUACAAAGAGUUGGUGAAUCAAGCUCCAGACCUCCAGAAUGUCUCUUUUAUUUGGCACCAGAUGACUUCCUCCAAGUACGAACAACAGGUGAAAGAGAAAGGCUUACAUAAGAAAUUUGACUUCAUCCAUAUGAUCCAGAUGCUGUACCGUGUGGAGGAUGUACCCAAUACUAUCAAGUUUUUCCACAGCUGCCUCGACCAUCAUGGUAAACUUCUGAUCAUAAUUUUAUCAGACAGUAGCGGAUGGGCCAGCCUAUGGAAGAAGUACAGACACUGCUUGCCUUCCACUGACAGUGGCCACUACAUCACCUCCAAUGGCAUCAUGGAGAUUUUAAAGAGACUGGGCAUUGAAUAUCGUGCUUAUGAGUUCCCAUCAGGCUGGGAUAUCACCGAGUGCUUUAUCGAGGGAGACCCAGUCGGAGGCCUCAUGAUGGAUUUCCUGACAGGGACAAAAAACUUCCUGGGCACAGCCCCACCAGGACUGCGGCAGCAGCUGCAGGAGGCUCUCUGCCAGCCUGAGUGCAGCAGCAAAAAGGAUGGGAGGAUCAUCUUCAGCAACAACUUGAGUAUGAUUGUGGUUGAAUCCUAGAGUCUGGAUGAACUGCACCAGAAAAGUUUGGGUGGGUGUGGAGGUAAUGCAGUCAUAGAAGUGUGUAGCUUUUAAACAAGGCAACUGGCAGGUAAGAAAGUGGAGUUUAGCUGCAGCCUCCCAUGCCCAGCCAACGGCAGCAGAGCCACCUGCAACACAAGGGAUGAGCUCUUUGUCCCGCUGACGUCAGGGCCAAGAUUCUGAAAUCUGGCUGCUUAGUCCAGCCCUAGGAGAACAUUUUCCAGAAAGUAAAGAGCUUCAGCUCAACUAAAAACCUAAGUGGACUUGGUUAUUUUAACAGUAUGCAUCCUAGCUGUGAUUUGACACAGGGAUUUCCACUUUUCUAUAUAGUUAGCACCUUUACACACCUGAUGUGUCUAUAUGACCAGGCACCACACUGCAGACAGGAGGAGGCUGCAGCCCCUACGCUGGCUGCAUACAGACCCAUUGCUUCCAGCUGCACCAGGACAAACCAGCAAGGUGUCCCUACUGCUUUGCAUCCCCAGUAACAUGCCUCACUGGACCCAGCUCUGAGCUGUAAGUUGCUCUAUGCUAGGCUAUUUCACAUGGUUUUACCAGCAUAGACAGUUGCUGCCCCAAGCAUCUCAGCAUCUUGCACUAUACUAGUAAUAGUAGUGUAGUAGUAGUGGUGGAAGUGUGAGCUCUAGGUAAGCAGUGGGACUUGGCCAUCUCAAAGGUCUUUUCCAACCUCAACAGUUCUACGAUUCUAUGACUGAAAAAUGAUCUGUCAUCUGCUUCCAGAAUCAGGCUAGAAGUCAUAUCAGAGUAUAUUUGCUGUUAAAAACUCAUUUGGUUAUUCAGAAGAGAAACAAUUAAAUCUGAGCAUGCAAUGGGAAGUUUGUUUUUGUAAUUAAGGUCUGUCUCAGUUUCUAGGAUUGCUGCAUUUCACAUGGGUGUCCCCCGUCUGGUCAUAAUCACUUCAUCUUGUUGGGGCCAAAUAUGCCAUCUUUAAAAUCUUCCUUUCCCUGCAGGCAGGUCACAAGGCUAAAUCUCUUACUGUAAGUAAUUGAGAAGCUUUAUUAGAGAGGUGCUUAGUGUCACAGCGAUACAAUAAAUAACUCCUCUGGACGUGUAAAA